AUGGAUCUGGAGAGCUCCGCAGGCGGCCUUGCUGAGGCCAUGGACAAGGACAAAGCCACGUCCAAGGGUCCCAGCAGCCCCUCGCUCGGGGAGCGUUCGAUCGACCAUGGGGAGAACGACCUCUUGGGCGGGGAAGUCGAUCGAGUGCUCGCAGCGAAGAUGUUGAUUGUCAACGACGCCAUCGAUGAAAUUGGAUUUACGCGUCACCACUGGAAACUUUUCUGUUUGAAUGGCUUCGGAUACGCCGUCGACUCGCUCAUUCUCCUCAUUCAGUCCAUUAUCUCAGGCCAGGCUAGGCUAGAGUUCCAACCAAGUUACGCGACGGGUCUGACAAUCGCGGUUUAUGUUGGUAUGCUGGCUGGCGCCAUCUUCUGGGGAUUUUCGGCCGAUAUCAUCGGUCGCCGCUUUGCAUUCAACGUGUCCCUUUUCGUUUCCUCGGUCUUCACAGUAGUGGCUGGGGCCUCCCCAUCGUGGAUAACACUAGGGUUAUUUAUCUGCCUGAGUGCCUUCGGCGCAGGGGGAAACCUUGUGCUGGAUACGACAGUCUUCCUCGAAUAUCUUCCCAGCAAAAACCAAUGGCUUUUGACACUCAUGGCGGCCUGGUGGGGCCUCGGUCAACUAGUUGCAGGCCUUUUCGCAUGGGCUUUCCUUCCAAACUACUCUUGUUCUGAUGCAGCCACCUGCACAAGAGAAAAUAACCAAGGUUGGCGGUAUGUCUGGUUUACUUCGGGGGCUUUUGUCUUUGUUCUUUCCGUUCUUCGGAUCACCAUCGUUCGGCUGCAGGAGACACCAAAAUUUCUCGUCGCGGAAGGAAAGGAUGCAGAGGCUGUUCGGGUGCUCCAAGAUCUUGCGACACGGUAUAAUCGUCCGUGCAGCAUUAGCAUAGAGCGUCUGGAGGCCUGCGGUGCAUCUCAUCGCCACGAGACCACCGCAACUGGAAUGACAAAACGGCUCAUUUCUUCCAAGGAAGUGGUUUACCAUUUACAAGGCCUUUUCACAACAAAAAAGAUGGCGAUCUCCACCACACUGGUGUGGUUCUCCUGGCUUCUCAUCGGCCUCGCCUAUCCCCUAUACAAUGUCUUCUUGCCAACAUAUCUCGCAUCGCGUGGUGCGAGCUUUGGUCAAGCGAGUGACUAUAUUACCUGGCGGAAUUAUGCUAUCAACAACACUUGCGGUAUUUUCGGUCCUGUCCUAGCGGGGCUCAUGUGCCGCUCACCUUGGUUCUGGGGUCGCCGUGGAACAAUGAUAAUCGGCGCCAUGAUUACCAUGAAUCUCGGCUUCACAUGUGCGAUUUCGUUCUGUUUGAACAUAUAUUACGGUACACUAUAUGCGUAUACACCAGAGGUUUUCCCUUCCGGUCACAGAGGUACCGGCAACGGGGUUGCUAUUGGUCUCAAUCGUAUUAUGGGUAUAGUGAGUGCUGUUGUCGGAGAAGCCGCUGAUACCACAACUCCUGUUCCCAUUUUCAUAUGUGCUGCACUAUAUAUCGUCAUGGCUAUUGUGGCUGGUGCAUUUCCCUUCGAGCCGUACGGUCGACGAAGCAGCUAA